AUGCGGUCGAACAUUAUCUUCCUCGCCGGCCUGGUGGCCUCGGCCUUCGCCUUGCCAACAGAUGUCUCCUUUGAUCGCCGCGGCCUCAUUGCUGACCUCGGGCUCGACCUCCGCGGCGUCCUUACCACUGUCCUUGGCGGCGGCGAGGAACGCUCGACAUCGCUCUUCUCCGGCCUCAGCCCGCAGGGUGCUGCAGCUCUGGAAGGAGGGGCCUUGGGAUGCAAUGCUGGCGCUAUCCACCCCGACGCUCGACGUGAGUUGAAGUCGUGGCUGUCGGGAUCCCAGGCCCAUGGGCUCGACAAGUCUCUGAGGGACAACCUUCUGUCCUGGUGCGGCUCUGACUCUCUGACUCUGUCGGCCAAUAUCCUGGCCGCUCUGUCUGUCUACGUCCCGACGUGUGCAGAAAUCGCCGCGCAAGAACAGCUUUACGUUACUAUUGAUGGUAUCUUCUCCUCUACCGACCUUGAGUCUGAACUAGUCAUUAGCGUCUCUGCUCAGGCUGCUCUUAAUGCUUUCAUCUCUGCUUCCCUUGACGUUGAUGUCAACAUCCUUGCUGGUCUUCGGGUCUGUGCUGCUGGUGGUGUUGUCACCAGUCUCUCUGCCGAUAUCAAGGCCGCUUUGCUGGCUUGGUUGUCUCGCUCGGACUGUGGUCUUGAGUCCUCACUGCGGAUCACUGUGCUCGCCUGGGUGGAGAGCCGGGUGGCUGGUGACUGCGGUCGUAUCGGAACUCUUCCUGACGCUGCUCUAAAAUGCGUUUCCUGCGGUUCCUCAGUUACUGUCUACGUGGAGGAGAGCGGUGUCUUGGGUGCCAGUGGCCUGGCCUUCCUCGAGGCUUUCCUGGAGGCGGACAUUUCUGUCGAUAUUGAUGUCGAUGUCCGGACUGCCCUGGAGGGCUGUGCGCGCGGUGGCCUCGCUUCCGACCUGGACCUUGACGUUCGCGUUGCCCUGGCUGUGUGGUUAUCUGGCUCCAGCUGCUCACUGGGUUCUGAGUUGAAGUCCGUCGUUUUCUUCUGGCUGUCCUUCGCUGCUUCGGCUGAGGUUUCCGUCGACCUUGUCAGCGGCGUGCUCGUUGAUAUUACCGGCUUCUUGUCCGAGACUCUCAUUUCCACCCUCAGUGUUGGUCUUCGUGGUGCUUUGGGUCUCUGCGCUGCGGGCGAGAGCAUUACUGCCCUGUCGCUCGACACUCGCGCUCAGCUGGCUGCCUUCCUUGGUGGUUGCGCUGGUAUUGAGAUCGAUGUCACCGUUGAGAUUAUCAUUAUCGAGUGGCUUACCGGCUGCCGCAUGCCUGGUGGCCCUUCGGGACAUCCUCCUCCUCCGACUUCCACCACUACCACUACUCCCUACUACUACUCACAAUCACCCACCUCCGCCUCCGACUACCACCACUACCACCUCUCCAUGUGA